AUGUCUCUCGAACCUCGCCCCGCGUACACGGCUGACGAGCUCGCCCGCCUGUACCCCGCUCCCCUGCGCCUCCAGCAAGUCCAGGUGCUCAUGCGCCACGGCGAGCGCACCCCCGUCAGCAACCGCUUUGCCGCCCACCUGCCCGAGUUCUGGCCCUACUGCAGCCAGGCCGCGCACAUGAACUCUCUCGUCCUCGACCCGUCCUCCUCCGCCUGGACGCCGCUCGAGUGGUGCCGCCGUCUCGAGACCUUCUCCCCCGACUCACAGACCCCCGCCCUCGGCCGCGCGAACCCCCCGGGCACCGGCUCCGCCGACAACAUGUGCGAGCUCGGCCAGCUCACCGACAAGGGCCGCGCCACCACUACCGCGCUCGGCUUGCGCCUCCGCCGGCUAUACGUCGACCAGCUGGGCUUCCUCCCCGGGAAGUUGACGCCCGCCGUCGCCGACGCGCUAUAUCUGCGCUCAACGCCCAUGCCGCGCGCCCUCGAGUCCAUGCAGCAGGCCCUGCACGGGCUGUGGCCCUCCACCGCCGACGGCGCCGCGCGCGACCCGGACCUGCCACCGCUGACCAUCCACACCCGCCACUGGGCCGACGACACGCUGCUGCCCAACACGGCCAACUGCGCCCGCUUCCGCGCCAUGAUGCGCGCCUUCGGCCGGCGCGCCGCUGAGCGCUGGGACGACUCUCCGGAGAUGGACCGUGUCAACGCCAAGCUCCGCCGGUACAUGCCCGCCGAUCCGGCCCGCCCGGGUACCAACCUCCGCAUCGGCGUCGCCUCGCACCCCGCGUUGGUCGGCGUCAUGGACACCGUCGCCGCCACCGCCGCCCACGACGACCCGGCCACGCGCUUACCAAAGGACUUUUACGACCCGCAGGUGCGCGCCGAGGGCGUCCGCAUCGUCGUCGACGAGUGGUUCGCCGGAUUCCGCGAGAGCGCCGAGUACCGCACCCUCGGCAUCGGCGGCCUCCUCGCCGACGUGACCGAGCGCAUGGUCGGCGGCGUCGAGGGCGUCGCCCCGCACUCCAGCGCCGCGCCGCUCAAGCUCGGUCUGUCCGGCUGCCACGAUACCACACUCGCCGCUACUGUCACUGCCCUCGGCGCCGACGGGCUGGAUGGUAUGCAGUGGCCGCCCUUCACCAGCCACAUCGCCGUCGAGCUCUUCCGCGACGAGCGCGUCGUCCCUACCGCCGCCACCACCGGAAGCAGCUCCUCUUGGAUCCCCCGGAUGCUGGGCGGCGCGCGGCCGGUCGGUCGCCGCCCGACGUACGAGCUGACGAGUGCGGAAAAGGAGCGCCUGAGGGGGUACUUUGUGCGCGUGCGGUACAACGACGAGCCGCUGCGCAUCCCCGGAUGCCGGCCGGCGGGCAAGCACUACGAGGACGACGAGACGCUUUGCAGCUUGGCCGCGUUCAAAUCCAUCGUGGACCGCAUCACGCCGACCGACUGGAAGGCCCAAUGCGGCGCCAACAUGGACAAGCCGACCAUUCCCAGCAAGCCCGAGCCGGCUGGCUACUAA